AUGGCUUUCCGUGGCCAUGAUGAAUCCUCUAUUUCUCUAAAUAAGGGCAAUUUUAGAGAGAUGGUAGAUUGGGUAAAAUCUAAAAAUGAACAAGUGAGAGAUGCUUUCGACCGUGGUGGAAAAAAUUGCACAAUGACUUCCGCUGACAUUCAAAAGGAGCUUGCUAUGAGUUGUGCACAUGAAGUUACCAAGGUGAUUAUGGAAGAGCUUGGUGAUAGAAAGUUCUCACUUCUUACUGAUGAGUCACGUGAUAUAUUCGUUAAAGAUAAAAUGGCGGUGAUGUUGAGGUUUUUGAACGACAAAGGGAAUGUUGUGGAACGAUUUAUUUCUCUACAUCAUGUCAAAGUUACAACAUCUGAGUCAUUAAAGGAUGUUUUUUAUGGUAUUCUUGAUAAGUACACAUUAUCUAUUUCAAGGAUACGCGGGCAAGGAUAUGAUGGAGCUUCGAAUAUGAGAGGUGAAUUUAAUGGUUUGCAAAGAAAGAUUCUAGAUGAAAACCCUUAUGCUUUCUAUGUCCAUUGCUAUGCUUACCGUUUACAAUUGUACAUCUCCUUGAUUGUGACCAUAACAAGUGCAUCUUGUAAGAGGAAGGAUGCUUUGACAGAGGCACAACAUCAAGAAAUUUUGAAUAAACUUGAGAGUGGUGAGAUAUCUAGAGGAAGGGGCUUGCACCAAUCAUCUAGUCUCACUAGACCUGGGGAUACUAGAUGGGGUUCACGUCAUACUACAUUACUUCGUUUGGAUCAAAUGCGGUCCUCCGUGAUAAAUAUGCUUAGUAUGGUUGAUGAAGAUGGACGUGGACCAUCGCAAGCAGCAGUUGAUGUUGUCAAAGCUCGGUUGGCCACAAUGAGAGAUAGUGGUUGGGAUAAUUUAUUUUCCAAUGUCCAAGAAUUUUGUGUUGCUAAACGUAUUCCCGUGCCAAAUAUGGAUGACGAAAUACCGGUUCGAGGUCGUUCAAGGGUAGAAGGGAGGACUAUCACUAAUCUUCAUCAUUACCGUGCAGAGAUAUUUUAUGUCUCUAUUGACAAAAUAUGUAUGGAGAUGGAUCAUCGCUUUAGUGAAGGAAGUAAAAUUAUCCUUGAUUGCUUCUCAUGUCUUGAUCCUAAAAACUCUUUCUCCAAGUUUGAUGUUGAUAAGCUUGCUCGUCUUGCUGAUAUUUAUGAUGCAGACUUUUCUGAUGAUGAUCGUGGAACAUUAAGGGAUCAACUAGAAACUUAUGUUCUUCAAGUAAAAAGAAAUGUUUCGUUUUCCACUUGUGAAGAUGUUCAAAGUUUGGCCAUGAAGAUGGUUUAA